CUUAAAUGAAAAAUAAAAAACGACAGCGCAUCAGGAACGCAACAACCGAAACGAAAAAGCGCAUCAAAAUAGUUUCUGAAUUUCAAGAAACAUUUUCUCAGUUUUCAACUCGUUUCUUCCUCCUUUCAGAUCGAUUGCGAGAAAGAAUUGGUAAAAUAGGGAUAAUUUCUUUGAGGGAUUACUGUGUAUUAAUCUUAUAACCCCAUUUGAGUACAACCAAAGCAAGAAACAAAGUAAACGAAUUCAAGAAUCUUGGGAUUUGUUUUGAUGCGAUUUGAUUUGAUGUAGCCGUGUGAAAUAAAGAAUCUUUAUAAUGGUAUUUAUUGGGUUAAAAAUUGUGGUUUAAUUUUUAGGUUCUUGGUCUUCUCUUUUUUGUGUGUACAAAAUAGAUGGGAAGAGGAGGGAAGGUUAAUUGUAAGAGAAAUUUUAAGAAGAGGGUUAGGUCUAAAGAUAAGGGUUCUGAUGAUUCAGAUGAGGAUUAUGUGGUUGAAAUUGAGGAAAAUGCAUCUGAUGAUGAUUCAGAGGAUUUGGGCAAUUCUUUAGAUGAUUAUGCAUCAGAGGAGAGUUUUGGUAGUUAUGUAGAAGAGGAGGAGGAGGAGGAGGAGGAGGAAGAGGAGUUUAGGAAUGUUAGAUCCAAAAAUAACAAGCGUUCUCAACCAAAUGGAAAAAUUGGCGGUAAAACUUCACGGAAAAGAAAAAGGGUAUCUUAUGAGGAGGAAGAUGAGGAUUAUGUUCAUGAUGACAAUGAUGAUGGCGAUGAUGAGGAAUUCACUCUUGAUGAAGAUGAUGAUUUUCUGGAUGAGGAUGAAGAAUUAACAAUGAAAAAGAAGAGUAAUAACAUGAAAGUGGGCAAGAGGAGGAGGCAGAAAAGGGGCUUCGGGCAAGGUCCAAGGAAACUGAGGAAAUCCAGGGUUUCUAAGAAGCCUUCAGUAAAGAAAGGAAGAAACAACCAUAGGUCGAGGAAGAAAGGAAGUUGUGAAUAUGAUGAUGAAUAUGAUGUUGAUUUUAUAGAUGAUAGUGCAGAUGUAAGAGAAAAGAGCAGGAAGAAUUCAGGUGUGAGAAGGAGGAGGUUCGCCGUAUAUUCAGAUUCAGAUUUUAUGCCUUCUGGAUCAUCUGAUUAUGAAUUUACAGUCUCAGAUGAAGAGAGAGAGCAGGUGAGAGAAGCCAGUGAGUUGUACGGAGAACUAAGGACUAGUUUGAGGAGUUCAUCGUCUAUACAGAAAUUUCAGGAGAAUGGGGAUUUAUGUCAACAAGGCAAACCCAUUGCAAGAAAAGGUAAGGAGAAGGUAAAGGAAGUAAUAGCUGAGGUGGGAAAGCAGGUGUGUGGAAUUUGCCUCUCAGAAGAGGAUAAAAGAAGAUUGCGGGGAACACUGAAUUGCUGUAGUCACUAUUUCUGCUUCACUUGCAUCAUGGAAUGGUCAAAAGUAGAGUCCCGUUGCCCUUUGUGCAAGCAGAGGUUUAAGACAAUAACUAAGAAUGGAAGAGUCGGUGUGGGAGUUGAUCUAAGAAAUGUGGUGAUACAAGUCCCCAAGCGGGAUCAGGUCUAUCAACCAUCAGAAGAAGAAAUAAGGAGCUUUAUUGACCCAUAUGAGAAUGUGAUUUGUACAGAAUGCCAUGAAGGUGGGGAUGAUGGCCUUAUGUUACUAUGCGAUCUCUGUGAUUCACCUGCACAUACCUAUUGUGUUGGUCUUGGGCGGCAAGUGCCUGAAGGUAAUUGGUAUUGUGAUGGCUGUCGACCUGUUGCUCUGGGAUCCUCAAGCUCUCAAGCUCAGGAGCCUUUGCCAGAUCAAACGACAACAAGCAGCAUGUUCAACCGACCAUCUCCUGUUGCAAAUAAUCGUGAAGAUUUAGACCCCACUUCAGAGCCUUCACCUCGUCUGGCAUUCUCUCAAGGAGUUGGGAAUCUUUCGUCUCGAAGAUUUCCCACGGGAGAUGUUCAGGCAGCUUCUCCAGUAUCUGGAGCAGGGGCAGUAACUCUGUCAGCGAGACGCCAGAUACACCGCCAUAUACAAAAUCUCCUUUCUACUCACAGAAUGAAUAAUAUGGCUAGCAGAGCUGAUGGCAUUUCACCUGCCAACUUGCAUAAUGACCUUUCAAACCCUCCAAUUGAUCAAUUUAGGGAGUCCUUUGUUCAAAAUUCAAGGUCACAAGAAAUGGGGACAUCACAAAGUGCAUUCCAUGAUGUGAGAUUACAAGACCAUCCCUCUUCUUCACUGCAUAAUAGAGACAUUUUUUCUAUGACAUCAAGCCAACUGAGAACACAAGCAGUUCAGGAUCCAACUAUUACAAUUACUGAGAGGUCUGUCAAUUUAACAUUAUGGCCUGAACUCACGGGGAUCAACUCUGCGUCUGGCCAUGAGCAAUUCCAUCAGUGCAACAGCAGACCGGGCAUUGCAUUUGAAGUUAAUUUGCCACCUCACAGAGCUAGAGAAGAGAGUCAAUUCUAUGCAGUAAAGGAGCAAUUGCAAUCAAUGGUUAAAAGCCAUUUGAAAAGCUUGUCUCAGGACACUGAAUUAGGCCAUGAAAAUUUCAAGGACAUUGCUAGGAGUUCCACACAUACCAUCUUAGCUGCUUGCGGUCUUGAGCACAAGAGGAGUGAAGUCCAAUUUGUACCCCCACCACCAAUUUGCAACCAUGGUGGGAGGGUGGCUGCUGGACAGACAAGUAUAAUGAAAGGUUUUUGCGCAUCUUGUUUUGAUUGUUUUGUAAGGGAUGUAGUGAAGAGGAUCAUGGAUACAAGAUUGCCGCAGUGGUUAAGUUUAGCUCUUUAGUCUUUGACACGGAGUGCUUUUUUCGCACUCUCUUUUUUGUUAGGUGUUCUAGGCAAACAUUUAUGGUUAAUUUGUUCAUAGGGAUAUAAUUGACUGACAUUGAGCGUUGAAGAGCUCUAUUCUUAUUUGAUCACGAAACCCAUUGUUAAGACAAAUUGAUAAUAUUGUUAUUACUGAAUCCCUUCCUUUCCUUCUUA